UGUUGUUUGCGAUUUUUGCUGCGUCGGUUGAUUCGCGGACGGUUUUCCCUGGAAAAACUGGCAGAGAAAAUGCAAGCCGAGGCGAGAUAGGAGGAAAACUGCCCACCGACCAGUGCCGAAAGUGUGAACGAAGCGAGGGAAGAGCAAGCUAAAUACAACCGACAAACGACAACAAUUAGCGAGCGAAUAUAUAUCGCUGAAUUUCCCCGAAACAACAACAAUAAUAACAACAACGCCACCACAACAAAAAUUUAACUCAAUUAAAGGAAAAGGCAUCGGCGGAAAAUGCAAUUGAAAUGCCCAGAACAUUUUUGAAGUGUGCCGAUGUGUUUGCGUGGAAAUGGAGCGAUUUGUGAUUGCAGCGUUCCUCUUGUCUAGUGUUUUCCGCUGCCAGAAAAGUGUGCGCAGGAAAAUCGCUGACAAUUCGUGAGAAAGGGGAAGAGAAAAUUCGGGGAAAAUUCAAUACGAAAACCGCGGAAAACAAAAACAGAAGAAUAAUAGAAGAGAGCGAGACGGAGAGAGGGAAAAUAAAUAUCUUUUGUGCUUGUGUGGCGGUGUGUGGGUGUGUGCGUGUGCAAAAACGAAGACGAAGAUCAAAGCGAAACGGCAAAAACAACAGUAACAACACACACACAGCUGACUUCCCACUCUCUUUCCUUCCUGAAUACACUGUUCAAAAAAUAAUAGUUAUACUUAUAAUGCAGAAACCAGCAACUAAAACAACGACUACUUCCAAUCGCCGGCUUUUAAACUAGUCAACAAAAUCAAACAGAAAAUCAAUACAAAGCACACAUAUCCCAAAAUCGACAAAAUAAUUAAUAUACCAAUCAACAAAGUAAUCCACAAAACGAAAACAAAACAAAUCUAAAUUCUUAGUGAUCGAGUGGCUGGAAAUAGAAAGAAAUACUCACCAUGGAUUGGAUCAUCAACGACGAAAUGGGCCUUACGGUCGGACAUGUGGUGGGCUGGGCCGCCGCCUCUGCGAUGGUGAUCGGGGGCGUAAUUCCCUACGUUCCCCAGUAUAUCGAGAUCAAGAAGACGCAGGACGCAGAGGGAUUCUCCCUAUACGUAUGCCUCGCCCUGCUGGUCGCCAACUCGCUGAGAAUACUGUUCUGGUUCUCCAGCCGCUAUGAGCUUCCACUGCUGGUGCAGAGUGUCGUGAUGAACGUGACCAUGUUCCUGAUGAUCCAUCUGUGCGUGAAGGUGAAGCGGAUUAAUGCCAAUAACCGCGAGCACGCCCUGCGAGGCGAUGAACUGCAUUUGCCCAAAGUGAUGACGGACACGGAUACGGGCGCCUCUGUUUCCACCGAAGCGGGCGGAAGCGUCCUGAAGCGAGUUCGCUCCCGGCAUUAUCUCAAUGAUCUGGAUUUCAAAUACUUCUGGAGCUGGACAGACUUCCAAUCGUAUCUGGACUUUAUGCUCGUCCUGUGGGCCGUCGGAGCCGCCAUAACAUAUCUGAUGCUUUCCGUGCAUUGGUUCAUGGAGUCCAUGGGCUUUGUGGCCGUCUUCACUGAGGCUAUGUUGGGGGCGCCACAAUUUCUACGCAACUUUAAGAAUAAAUCAACAUAUGGAAUGAGCAUACACAUGGUGAUCAUGUGGACGCUCGGUGAUAUGUUCAAGACUGGUUACUUUAUUGUUAGGAAAGCCCCGUCGCAGUUCUGGAUCUGUGGCACGCUGCAGGUCAGCUUGGAUAUAGCAAUCCUGUCACAGGUGUGGUUCUACCGUAAGAAUUCCAAGCCGCGGGACCUCCGCCGCGGCGAUUAGCAGUUUGCCCCCGAAGAACAGCCACAGCACACCCCUCACCACGAUCUACAUACAUCCCAUUCCGAGGAGCAUCAGCUCUCGCUGCCCGUCACAGUGAGCAGCAGCGGAGACGAUCAUCUGCUGACGGCUCGAGCGGAUGACGAGCACUUCAAGGUGCUGGACUUUGGUCAGUGCCACGAUAAUCGUGCGUUUCAAUAUCACAAUAAUAACAAGAUGUUGCCCAGACCAGGAGGCAGUGGCAAGAGUAAGGAUGAUAGCAGCAUUGCAGCUGCUUUGGAGGUCGUCAUUGUCCAUUCCCCGGCUUCCAAGGAGCAAAGACUGAUUGGCGGUCAGGAGACAAGCGGCUGCUGUCGCAGGAAGCGAAAUAAUGCCACCCAAACCAGAUUGGAGGGCGGUAGUUGCUGUUGUGUGAUCACGACCCACCAUCACCACUGCCACUGCAAUCACCACAGGCAUCAUCAUCAUCAUCAUUGUCACUACAGGAGCACAAAGAGACGAGCUCUGCUGCACCAGAAGAGGAGUCAUCACCAUCACAAUCAUCAGCAUCUGCAAAUCAAGCAGACGAAUCACAAACAAAUGCUUCCAUCGAACAACAACAAGUCUUCCUUGGACUCCAGCGAAGAGGCGAUGCAUCAUCAGGCCAUAGCCAUUGAAAUCGAUGCUGCCACAAUGAGCGAAGAUGGAGAUGAGAACAAUAGCAGUACGGCCACGUCGAAUUUUCCCUAUAAGGUAGCCAGCGAGGGUGUAAAACCCAUUAUAAUGGCUCCGCUUCGAGAACAACAUCGUCAUAGGAGAGGUUCCCUGAAUUCCAAUACGACCAUUGAGACCGAUGAACUCUCGCACGACGAUGAUGACGACGAUGUGCGGAUGGGCUCCCACCACUUACCAGAAGAUGAGACCCAACUAACGCAGCCAGCCAUAACGAACAGCUCCAGUAGCUCCACCAAAAGGGGCAAUCCGGCCUCCGCUCCAGCGCGAAAUGAAUGUGUACGCAUCAAAAGGAAAAGAUUUAUGGCUGAAGCUGGUCCGGAUUACUGUAGCAGUUGCUCGAGUUCCUGUUCCUGCAGCAGUUUGGAUGAAGAUAUGGAGGCCCAUCACGAAAUGACCGUAUCAGCAGAGUGCCAUCAAUGUAAUCCGGGCUCCCGAAGAGCUAGUUUCUGCUCCUGCCAUAAUUCCACCUGCUGUUGUGGCUCCUGCUCCCAGGAAGAAGAGGAGGAGGACGAGGCGGAUGAUGAGGACGACGAUACCACGGGUCAGAGGGAGAGUUUUUGUACAGCCGCCGAUCAUACCAUAACUCCUUCGCAAGAGGGUGAUGAUAUGCAUAGUAGCACACUAACACCCCUCAGCACCCAGAGGUCUUCCUUCAUGGACCCGGAUCAUGGAGAUCAUACCAUGCGAAGUGAUAAUGGCGGAGGCAAUCUAACCGAUGCAGACGCCUCUUCACUGAGCCAGUCAGCCGAGUACUUCUCGCUGUCAUCCACCGCCGGAGGAGGUGCUUCUUUUCCCAUCAAAGAAGAGGAUAAAAAGGAUAAGCUGGAGAAGAAAGAGGCGAGGGAUUCAAAAGAAAAGGAAGUGGAGCCACCGUCCUGCAAACACUGGAAUCGCAAUCCACAUGGCAAACACAAACGCGGCUCUUCUCCUGUGGACAACUCCUUAUGACGAAGUGUCUCGCUGGUCGCCUGGCCAGCAAUCGAUGUGAAUGCCCUGCUGCAGCAGACCAUAAGGAAGUCAGCUGUGCUGCAGGAGACGCCAGUGCGGAGGAAAAACACUGCCGAAAAGGGUCUGGGCACCACGGGAAGUAAUGAUUCCUCCACGGCCACAUUGACAGCCAGUGUUGUGACAGUGGCCAAGUAUCCAGGACCUGGGUUGGUCAGCACCGUUACCAGUCUGAAUGGAUGUGGAACCACCUAUAGCUUCACCACCACCACGGCUGAAUCUUUAAAUCCUGCAGCUGCCAGCAAGAGAAACUCCAAGUACUCGCCCGUACCAAAUUCCGAGGCCUACCAGUGCGAUCCACUGCAGCAGAGCUCGACGGAAAUCAUUUUAUAACUCAUACAAUCAUACCUCUGCACCAUUAGCUAUUAUACAGUGAGAAGCCGUAUAAGAGUCAAGGUUAAACUUCAUUAGUAGGAAGGGAUUAUACAAGAAGAACACCAAAAAUCGUGGAGAUCGAGGGAGUGGUGUAACGAAAAACCAAAAUUCAUAAAGCUGUUCAAUUUGUUGUUAUUCGGGGGUAACAAACACCAAGAUGCGGAUGUAGAAAAUGCAGACCUAGUUUAUACAUCUUAGAACCUUAAACCAAUGUACAUUAUUUUUUAUGUGAGAUGCAUCAAAAGAUUAGCCUAAAAUGUAAAUUAGUUUCUAAUAUUUAGUUUCGGACUAUGUGAAUUUAAAGAAAAGGGUUUCAGCUGGGGAAGGGACCAAGCCAGAGUUGACAAAGCCUUCAAGUUUUCCAAAAUCCACGCAAAGACAUAUCCACUUUGUGCAAAUUUCUAGCUUCGAAAACUUUCCUCAGCUCGGGCCUCGAACCUUGUUUAGAUUUAGCUUAAUAAAUCGUCAUUGUUUUUCGUACAUUAGUCAAAUUAAUUUUGUAGUCUUGUAAGUUCGUUUUGUGUAAAAAACAAACAGCAAAAUCAAACCUUAAUCUCGAUAUUAUUCUUUAAAGAAUUUUUAAUUUUAUAAUUUCCUAGCAGAAUUUAUUAGCUAAGAUCUAUGAAAAUUGAUACUAAAAUAAACGAAAACCAGCAAAAUUAUUAUUUCAUUUUGUUUUUAUUUUCUUGAUUUCCUUUUAUUUCUUUUAUAUAGCACAAUUCCUGAUCGUUAGCUAUAUUAUUCUAGAGAUAACGUAUAAAAACUACUAAUCAGUCAAACAUCUUCCUUGCAAUUUUGAGAUUCCGUUGAAAACGUACACACAACUUAAAUAUGAAAAUUUAAUUAUUUAUAAGCCACGUAAAUAUGUAUUCAAAGUGCUUGAGAAUAUUUAAGAAAUAUUUAAAAAUUACAAAUAACCGAUGGAGAGGGCGAUAACAUUUGUUGAUUAGUAUGUAGCAGCUAUUUAUGAUUGUUUUCCUAUGGUAUGUGAGUUAUGUAGUAUCCUAGCGAUAACAAAUCUGUUGCUGAUGCGCAGUAUUAUAUUCUUUGUGAAACCAUUAUCCAACUGUAACGAAUUACUUACUACCAAAUAAAUGGAAGCAAAUACUCAUAAUCAAUGUUA